CAACCACCUCACAAAGUCCAAAGACAUAUUAAUAGGCUUCACGUCUCUUCCCUUGUUUUUUUUUUUAAAAACGAUAUAUUAAUUUAUAAAAUGUUUGUAAUUAUAAAACACCAUCAUACUUAUAUAUGUAACACUGAUAUUAUAAUUACAAUAAUAAUAUGUUUUUCUUUUUCAUAUGUUGUCAUUAAUAAGCCGUAUCCUGUAUAAUUUCUCUGUGUACAAACAGUAUCUUUAACUGGGAAUUUGAUCGUAUCCUCCAUAUAUAGCUAUGUGUGUGCGCCUGUACCCGCAAAAGUUCUCUCUCCCCCCCCCCCCCCCCCCCCCCCCACUCUCUCUCCCUCUCCCCCCUCCCCGGGGCGCUAUCUUUUGCACCUGGCAAGUAAUGUUAGUCUCAAAGAGCCAACUAAUUGGCUGUCUUUUGCUGCUUUUGAUGGGUUUUUCAGCACUCAUGAGCCAAGAAGUUUCAGGAGCAAGGCAUCUGGAAGAGGUGGUGGAGAUGGAGAAGACUCAGGUAUGGAGGGAGAGUUCUUACAACACAAGUGGCGGCGGCAAAGGCUUCUUUGCAACCAUCCAUAGAGAAAUACCCUCAUCUCCUGAUCCGUUGCACAACAGGUAAUUAAUGUAUUAAAGCAAGUGAUCAACAGCUCAGUUCCGUUCUCUCUCCCAGACAUAGAUAUAUAGAUAUAUAUGAAGCUGUAUAUAAACUGAUAUUUCACACGCACUUGAUCUGAAGUAAGAAUAAUAGUUUGUAUUGAGAGAAAGGAUAAGAAAAGUAAUAUUACUAAUAUAGUAUGAGAAAGGUUGGUAAGAUUUUCAUUUUUUAUAUUGAUUUUAAUUAGGUAAAGAGUUGAAACAAUGAGCUUGUUUGUAAUUUAGGUUUGUUUGUAAUUAGCUGCUGGGUCUUCAUUUAUUUUUGAUAAUAAUAUUUGCAACCUAGCUUCUAAUGGCAUUCAUAUUUCCAGGUGCAUGUUGUUAUUCAAAAAUUAGAAUAUUCAUAUUGUGUAUUUUUUUUUCUGAAAUGGCAUUUUCAGGCGCAUAAAAUUUUUAACUUUACAAGAAUUAGAAGAGAGUCGUUUUUGUACAUAAUUUUUUCCUUGUUAAAGGUAGUUCUUCUACAUAUUGUUUUGAUAAAUUAUGAAUAUGCAUGUGAACAAAAUGAAGGGACAAUAUUCUUUGGUUAAAAAAAUAAUGAUAUAUAAAUAAAAUUUUUGACGAAGUCAUGAAUUAAUUAAUUUUGUGAACAUAAUAUUUUUUUGACGAAGUCUUGAAUUGAUGGCAUGUUUGACGAAGUCUUCAAUUAAUUAAGACAAGGCUGUGAUGGUUAGAGAGGGUACGUACAGACGGAUAAUAAUACUCAAAAGAAAUGGUGGGGGGGGGCCUUCCUUUUUUGACUCCAAGGAAGAUGUUAAUUGACUUCGAGCAUGACUUGGUUCAUUAAAUUGAUUUUAAAAUUCCAUUAUUAGUGUAAAAUAUAUACUUAACAGUGAUUUUAUUUUGAAUAGAAUUAGUUUAUUUUUAAUCAUCUUGGUUACUUGAAUAGUCAUUUAUUUAUUAUUAUUAUAUGGUUAAGAGAGAAUGAUUAAUGAUAUUAUUUUAAAAAUAAAUUCUGAUAGGAUUUUUCAAAAUGUCUUUUUUAUUAUUAUUAUUAUUAUUAUAAAAAUUUAUGUUACCCCACAGAAAUUACAUUUUGCACUUCCAGCGCUUAUUUGCUUAGUUUAUGUUGCUGAAACAAAGUCUCUAAAAAAAACCUAUCAAACACUGUUAAAAACCUAAAGUGAAAAGCCUGUCAAGUGUUUAGUAUAAUAAACACAAUAUGAACCAAACACUCAAAUCAAAUCUAUACAAAAUAAAAAAAAAGACAAAACGAAACACAAUAAACUACCAACACUCAAACCUGUCAAGUGUUUAGUGAAAACCUCAAAUCUAACCUUUCAAUUUUUAAUAACACUUAAUAAAUCAUUUUUUAAUAUUAUUAUAUCAAACACUUUACUUUUAAAUUUAUGAAUUACAUAAGUAACUACAAAAAUUUAAACACGCACACAAAACGACUGCAUAUUACUCAAAAUUAGAGUAAUAUUUUCUCCAACAAAAUGAAAUUGAUCUUGCUACAUGCACAUCGCGAAUUAGAGACAAAAUUAUAGAUAAAAUAAAGAAUUAAUCUUAUCAUUUUCUCUCAUCUUUCUUCUUUUAUCUAAUGAUUUCAAGAUCGUCUCAUUUUUCUCCCAUUUUCAUGGCUAUCUCCAACAAUCACCUCUCAUUGCCCUCCUCUUAUUGUCUUACCUCUACUUGCCGACCAUCGCUACAUCCUUCCUCUCCACUGCAUUGAUUUUCUAGCAAUCGUACCCCAAUACCCAAAGAAUUAGGCUAUUUUUCAGCAAGGGAAGGGGCAAUAGCAUUUUCCAAAUGAAAUUAGAAAAAGGAGUUGAUGCCUAGACAUGAGCUGUCGGGCUGGACAUGUGUGGUCUAUGGUCACGUGGCCCACUACCCAAAGAAUUAGGCCUAGUUGAAAGUUUAUCUAUUAUUUCUUAGUACUUUAGCUAACGAAUAAUAGGUCAAUGGUUUUUUUUUUUUUUUUUUUGGGGGGGGGGGGGUGAUGAUUUGAUUGGUAAACGUAUUUUUAAUUAUUAAUCAGAUAUGUAGUAUAAUAAUACUAACAACAUUUUAGAUUAUUUGACUAAAUGCUGAAUUAUUUCAUUUCGAAAGUGAUUCACAUAAUAGUAGAAAUUUACUGCAAAGCUCAACAUGUGCUUAAUUUGGUGCCCAUCUUUGUUACUUUCAAGUUCCAACAAAUAAUUUUAUAACAAAUAUUUUUUUCCAUAUUGUUGGAUGUUUCACUUGCACUAAAGGAAUAUAUAUUUGUAAAAAUAAUUUUCAUAUAUAUAUAUAUAAAUACAUAGUAAUGAAUCGUAUACAUAAAAAUAAAGAGCAAUGUUUGAAGAAUAAUUAAAUUAUAAUAAGUGUACUUUAUUUUUAAAUAAAAUGUAUUUAUUGUAUCUUAUUUUUAACAUCUAAACUAUAUAUAAAUAAAAAAAUAAAGUAAAAUAAGUAAACAUUAUUUAAAAAUAAAAUACUUAUAUAAUAAUUUGGCCAUUCUCCUUACAUUACCCAAAAAGAAAAUAUUCUUCGAAACUUAGUUUUGAGUUUCUUUUUGGUAAAUAUUACUUAAGAUUAAAAAAACUAAAAUAGCUUGACAAAUAUGAACAGUUGCCCAUUGCCAAACCAUGGGCGACCCAAUGCUCCUUUUCUCCCUUUAAAUUUUAUACAUUUUUGUUUUAAAUUAUAAGCCCAUUAUUAACUUCAAAAUAUUAAUUAUAAGGAUACUAAUUAUUGCAUAAUAAGUAUAACUUGUUUUUAGAUAAAAUAUAUUUAUUUUUAAAUUUUAGAUAAUUUUAUUAGUUAAUUAUAAAGAUGUCACAUUUUAAAACAUUUAAUUAAUUAAUUAAAUUAUUCAAAAACUAAAAUAAAAUACAAUAAAUGCAAUUACUCUACUUUUAAUUACUUUAAAUUUUAAAUAAUAACUUAGCAAAGAAAUGCAUUUUUAUAAUAGAGAGACUAAUUAAUCCUAAAAGUUAAAUGAAGUUUGAUAUCCCAACAUUAAUUAGUGACAAAAAUACUUUUGUCAAUAUUUUUUAAUAAUUAAAAUUGUUUUAAUCAUUAAGUCAAAUAGACAUAUUUCUCAAAUAUAUUGAACAAACGGGUUAGAAAAUAUUUUGGGUGGUGCGAAGAUAAAUCCUUUUAUUAAUUAAUAAGUAUUAAAAAAUAUAAAAAAAUUAAAAUUUAUAAUCACAUAUAUAUUUAAAAUUACUGUUUCUUCUUUACUCGUAAUUUUAAUUUCGACAUAAAAAAUAAAUUACGCAUAGACCGAGGAAUGUACUCGCCCGAGCGAAGGCUUUUGAUUCUCCAACCCAGAAUAAGAUACGGGGCUUCACCCCCAGUGACGUCCGUUUCCACAGGUCCGCUGCUCGCGCCUCAAUCGGACACGUACCCCCUCCCUCCAUCCGCCACCUCUUCCCAUCGCCGCCCACCGCUCUCUCCCUCUGUUCUCUGUACAUAUAUAGCUCCGCACUCCUCCAGUCCAUUCCAUUCCAUAUCCGAAACCCCUCCCUGGCUUAGUUGCUUUGCUCCAUCGUCUUCUUGCCCUCUUCGAGAGCAGUAUUGUCAACCACAACAGCAGUCAAUCCUCGUCCUUGCGCAGUAACCCACCCAAGACCCCAGUUUCCGGCGCCCAGAAUGGCAGAAUAGUCCUUGGAGAUCAGUGACAGUGGCGAGAAAAGACCAGCAGUUCCCGCCGCAAAAGCAGGACACCAGCCGGGGAGAGAGCACAUCAUGGACCCUACCCCUCGAGCCACCAGCCGAGACUACAAGCCCUCCAAUAAACUCCAUGUACAGGGAAUGGUGGCGGUGGUGACCGGCGGCGACUCCGGCAUAGGGCGGGCGGUGUGCCACUGCUUCGCACUGGAGGGCGCAACCGUGGCCUUCACCUAUGUGAAGUCCCAAGAGGACAGAGACACACACGACACCCUCCAGUUGCUGAAACGGGCGAAGACCGCCGACGCCAAGGACCCGGUGACGGUGACGGUGCCGGCGGACUUGGAGUUCGACGAGAACUGCAAGAAGGUGGUGGUGAAUGCCUACGGAAGGAUUGACAUUCUGGUGAACAAUGCAGCGGAGCAGUGCAAGGCCAGCUCCGUGGAGGAGAUUGAUGAGUAGCGGCUUGUGAGGGUGUUCAGGACCAACAUCUUCUCUGUCUUCUUCAUGCAUGCACUGAGGCACAUGAAGGAGGGGAGCUCCAUCAUCAACACCACAUCAGUGAACGCAUACAAGGGGAACGCCAAGCUUCUGGACUACACAGCCACAAAGGGAGCAAUCGUGGCGUUCACUAGGGGACUCUCACUGCAGCUCGUGAGCAAAGGCAUACGCGUCAACGGCGUCGCCCCGGGACCGAUCUGGACGCCGCUGAUCCCGGCUUCGUUCGACAAAGAGGAGUGUGCGAAAUUCGGGUCAGAACUGCCCAUCAAGAGGGCAGGGCAGCCCAUUGCCCCGUCCUACGUGUUCCUGGCUUCUAAUGCCGAUUCCUCUUAUAUCACAGGCCAGAUCCUCCACCCCAAUGGGGGAACAAUCGUGAAUGGUUGAAGGUUCUGCUUCUAGUUGUCUGCCCUGCUUCUUGUCUAGUGUUCUUAUGUUUUUGGGUGUGGUUGAAAAGGUGGGUGCUCUGAAGUUCUGGGACCUUCGAAUGGUAUACUAGUACUGCUACUUUUUCGGUUUCAUGUUUUGGGUUUUGUCUGGAGGUCAUGGGAGGCAGGGAUUUCGUAAGUCGAGUGCAGGAAGAUCAAAGUGUUUGUUGUAGUUCUCUAUCUCGCUCUAUAUAAUAUAAUAUUUGUGCAUAUAUUGGUGGUUGAUAGAUGGGAAGCUAAAAGUCAUCGACUCUUGUUAUGGAAUAUGGAUUCCUCUCUCCAUGUAGGCACAUAAUGAUGAUGGUCAAGAUUGAUCUUGUAAGUUCUAACUAUUGGGAACUUAUCGAAAUGCAAAUUCCAUAAGUCAGAAAUGGUCCAAACUAGAUUUUUUGGUCACUCCUAGAUCGUCCCUUAUCUAGGAGUGACAAAAAAAAUAGGAACAUACGGAGAGAAAUCCUUUCACUCCUUUUCAUUCCCUCCCCUAUCAAUAAAAUUA